AAAAUACAUUACAUAAUUCAUUCAGGAAUCCUACAAAUUCCAUUCAUUGGAAGCCGAAGAAAAAAAAGAGAAGAGCUCCUUUCCUUUCCUUUCUAGAUUUCCUCCUCCAUUUUCACUUUCAGCCAUGGCGGUAGUUUUGAAAACCCUAGCUUUUCUGUUCGUUUUAAGCCUAGAAACUAUGGCUAUUACUACGGAUGCAAGUUCCUCGUUUUCCUUUGAUGGGUUCGUGAAAUCUCCGGGCUUUGACAAGAACGUCGCUCUGUUUGGAGAUUCUAAGCUCGUCAGUGGUGGUGGAGGUUCGUCGAUUCAGCUGACUGGCUCAGUGAGUCGGAGCCAAGGGCGUGUCAUUUACAUGAAACCUAUCAAACUGUUCCAAGGUACUAGUACUACUAAAGGGAGAAACUUUUCAGGUUCAGUCUCCACUAGUUUCUCCUUUUCCAUGAUGUCCUCCAAAGAGAUUGGUAGUGUCCUGGCUUUUGUAAUGGUCCCAAGUGGUUUGGAUCUUAAGUUUUUUGGUAGAAAGGAUAACACUUCCUCUGCUCUAGGUUUCUUACUGCAUAAACAGAUUGUUGCUGUUGAGUUUGGUAUCUCCAAGAGAGGAAACCGUGUUGGGAUCUUAGUUGGUAGACCUGAAUCUGCUAAAGUUAGAAGAAACUUGUCAUCUUUUUUUUAUGGCCACUUCAGUGGAGUGGAGAAGAGAUUGAAUUGUUGGGUUGAUUACGAGGCGAGCUCGAAGAGAAUAGAGGUUCGUUUGAGUCUAUUAAAUGCCUCCUUGAAGCCUGUAGAUCCAUUCCUGUCAUACUCACUAGACUUGGCUCAAAUAUGGAAAGAAGAGAAAUUCAUGGUGGGUUUGACCUCUGCAAAUGGAAACUCUUCGGAGCCACAUUAUCUACAUUCAUGGAGCUUCAACCUCACACAUCCCUCCAUCAGGAUUCACUCCCAGCCGCUUGAUCCAAACACAGUUUCUAAGUCUGUUGAGGAGGAGAAGACGGUGGAAGUAAAGGGGAAGAAGAGCAAGUGUAUUUUUUGGAGAAAGCUAGCUUUAUUUAUCCUGGGUGUGGUUUGUGGAAGUCUAGGAGCGUUGUUAGCGUCACACCUUUGGACAAUAUGCGGUAAUAGGCGGUCAGUCGCAGUGGUUCCUGAGGAUCGUGUUACUGAAAAAUCAAAUCUCCACAAUUGUGGUUAAAGCAGCAGCUGUUGCUGAUGAACAAGACGAGAAGAAGUAGUUUCUGUGUUUUUUUAAUAGAAUUUUUGCAAGUCUGUGUUUGUAAUGUAAAUUCUUGUGUCCUUCUGUUUUCACAUGUUAGAAUCAUCUUACAAUGUAUUAAUUAACAUGUUGAAUUA